GGCGUUUGAAUUUUGGACGCUGGGCUCGCCAAAAAGUCUGUCCUUUGUCAUGUCGAAAUUGGUGGCAAAGUCAUUGCAAGGAUUUAAUGUAGUCACCGUACAAGGUCGACAUUACCGAGUGGCCGCUGCCUCGAUGGACUACCAAGGGGAUCGCGCACCUGCUAGUAAACCAGAGAAACGACAUCCCGAAAGCCAAGUGGAAGACGACACUGAACUACAUACCUGGGUUGAGCACCCAGUGUCCCGAUCGAUGCAUGGGUACAUCAUAGGCAAAGGAGGCAGUACACUGAAGCGCUUGAAACAUGAAACCGGCACUCGUAUUGAUGUUGUCAAAGGAGAGGAUUUUGUCAAGAUCAAAGGCACAGAUGAAAACAUCGAACAAGCGCGACAAGCCAUCGACGCAUUGGUAAAAGAGUCUAUUGACAAAGCACAAGCGACCCACUUCUUAGCUUUCCCGAUCCAGUCGCCAUUAGUCUCACGCAGGCUGGAAGAGUUUUACAAAAUACUAGGAUCACCCAGUUUCAAAGAAGAUGGUAUCACGCCAGAAUCCAUAGCGCCUAUACCGUCAUUGCACAUCACCCUUGGCGUCAUGAAAUUAAUGGGACAAAGUGAAAUUGAAGCGGCAGUGAGGUUUCUAAAGGAAUCGGCAGCAGAGACGAUCAACCAACUGAUUGGUGAACGAGGACUGACUGUUCGAUUAAAGAAGUUAGAUAUAAUGCAAGGCGAGCCUGCCAAAGCGCGGGUACUAUACAUUCACAUCCAAGAUGAAUCUGAGAACAAGAUAUUGAACGAGCUUUGUGCAAGUUUACGUAACCAAAUGAUGGAGGCUGGCUUGUUGGAAAAAGAAAAACGACCAUAUAAGAUGCAUAUGACCCUAAUCAAGAAAACCGGCACCAAGCCGAAACACCAUCAUGAAGAAGAGGAAGAAGCUCAGUCGGACAGCCAUGGCUGGUUUGAUGCUCGGGGUCUUUUGAAAGAGUUUCGAGGCAUGGACCUUGGCACAGUGACGUUAGACAGCGUUCAUAUUAUGAAGAUGGGACAGAACAAAUUAGGACAGUAUAAGAGUGAAGGGGCUGUGAUGUUGGACAGCGCAUUGUAAUCUUUAUUGAUGGGAACCAGCCCUCCCUCAUUGUACGUAACUGAUUGUUCAAGGGCAACAAGAAU